AUAUAUGUAACGAGAGAGAGACAGUGAAUAGAAACAGAAAAAUCUUGGGAAGUCCCGAAAAGCAUGAUAGUUGGUUGGUGGAUUGGUGAAGAACCUCGAUAUUUAACAUGCCAUUCGUAGACCUUGUUAAAUAUAUACAUAUGUGCAUACGUAUGAACGAUCACUCUGUAUUAGAAGUUGAAUAUAAUCGGCUCGUAGUAGCUACUAACGACACGGUCUGUUUCAAAUAUUGACAUAUUGCUUAUAAAACGAAGACAGCAAGAGCGACAGAGCGAGCGAGAUAGAGAGAGAGAGAGAGAGAGAGAGAGAGAGAGAGAGAGACAGAGAGAGAGAAAGAGAGAGGAAGAGAGAGAGAGAGAGAGAAAAAAAAAAGAGAGAUAAGACACAUAAAACUAUUAUUAUUGGAAGGAUUCACUCCACUUGAUCAAGGAGUCUACGAUCGAAAUUGAUAUUCGAGGAAGAUAAGAGAUUGGAAAUUUUCUAGUGAAAUUGAUAAAAGACAAGUGAUAAGUGAAAGUCAAGGACCUAAUAAUAUUCAUCGAUACAAAAACCGAAAUCUCCCUCUCUCUCUCUCUCUCUGUUUUUGUCUCUGUCUCUAUCUCUAUCUCUGUCUCUGUUUUUGUCUCUCUCGUUACGGUCAUUUCUAUCUCGAGUUGAAGAACUCGGGGAAGCACCAACGUGUGUUAUGUCCGUAUCACGUGAAUCCAAGGAUCGACCAGUAAACGUGUCGACAAGCGUGCUUUAACAGAAGAUCGAUCGAUUGCUGGUACGAACCUUUUUCUUUGCAAAAUCAUCAAGGGGUUUGGACGUGGAGGGAGUAACGAUAAUAAGUAACCGAACAUCGACGAUAUCGGACAGAUCGGCAAAAGAAUUGAGAGUAUUCGGAUCGAGAAUAAAAAUUAGAGAGCCAGGUGUAAUCGAGUUUUAAUCGAUUAAUAAUGAUCUAUUACGAGGAUCAAACAUCAUCUAAAUCGAACCACGUAAUAGCAAAAAAAAGAUCUAAUAUCUUAGUGCCAAUAAAAAGAUCAAAUUGACUUUAUUGAAAUCGGUAAAACAUUUACGAUUACGAUCAAAGGGAAGAGAUCGAACGAAGAAUUAUUUCUUUCGAGUUCAUCGAGAAUUUUUAUUUGUUUCCUUCGUUGAUCCGAGAGAGAACAGUUGACAAUAACGUUUCGACGUGAUAUAAUUGACUGAUAAUAAUUAUUGAAAUAUAAUAAAUCAAUAAGAUAAAGAUAAUCGUUGGAAGUAUGAAGAAGGAUCGGGAAAGUGUAAGAAGAUUAAAAGGCGAUGGUUUAUCGGUGGAAAUGGAUUCGAAUAAUCGGAUACUCGAGGUCACCGGUGAUGGUUGCAAGAUUACGUUAACAAAAAAUUGUGGUAGUGUGCGCGUCGUCGGAGAUGGGUGUCGAAUAAAGGUCACUCACAAUGUUGGUGAUAUCAUUUAUACUGGUGACGGUGGACGAGUUUUGCUCGGUCCAAAAUCAUCGAAGGAAAAGGUCCAAUAUUUUGGUGAAGGUGGUAAGAUCAGUUUCGAUUCUGAUUCGAAGAAAAUAAAUCAGAAUUCUGAGAGUACGAGAGAUGUCAAGGAAUCGAUCGUCUUGAAGAAUUACCUUGGUACGGAUAAGGAAAAGAGUAUAGAAAUGGAAAAGAAGGAUACGAGAAAAGCAAAGACUGAAAAAUUAAAUCUACAAAAAGAAACAAAAGAAUCACUUAAUCGUAAUAAGAUAAGAGAUAAGAAGGAAAUGAAAAAUAUAAAAACGACUACAGUUUUUAUGACGACCAACCAUGAAUCUAAGGAUUUCUUCCAAGUUAACAAAUGGUUCGUUUCUCCGACUUCGAUCGUUCGAACAUUUGUAGAAAAAGUGCCUACAGUGACAGUACGUGAUGAAAAAAAAAUUUCAACGGACUCUAACAAAUGAUGGACAUACUUUUUUUCAUUAAUUAAUUUAAUAUACAUAUAUAUAUAUAUAUAUAUGUUUGGAUUAUUAGAAAUAUUACUAGAAAAUUUCUCAAACAUUGGCCAAAUGUUCGUUCGAUAUUUCUCGAAUUUUUUUACGAAUGUGUCUAUCUAUAAAUAGCAUCACGAAAUUAGAGAUAAUUAUGAAGUAGAAUAAGCGAUAAUGAGUAGACGUGGAACAUCGAAAUUGAACGAAAUUGAGAAAAAAAACAGGCGGUUAAAAUAGAAGAACGAAUGAGAAACCAUUCUUAUGUAAUUAGAACCAAUUUAAGAUUGUUACGAAGUAGAAACGAAUUU